GAUAUGAAAAUACAAAGGGCCAAAGAAGGGAAAAUCAUAAACAGAAACUACCAGUCUCCGACUGAAUGGGAUCUGGAGUCCCCAUAACUAACCACCACAAAAUUCGCGCGCUAUUCUCCUUUAAUUUCUUCAAACAAAACCGACGAUAAUCGAUCACCAAAAUGUCUAACGAAAAGGAGAGAGAAACUCAUGUUUACACCGCCAAGCUUGCGGAACAAGCCGAGCGUUACGAAGAGAUGGUUGAAUGUAUGAAGAGUGUUGCAAAACUAAACGUUGAACUUACUGUUGAAGAGCGCAACCUGCUUUCAGUUGGAUACAAGAAUGUGAUCGGUGCAAGGAGGGCAUCUUGGCGUAUCAUGUCAUCAAUUGAACAAAAAGAGGAAUCAAAGGGAAAUGAAAGCAAUGUUACCCUAAUAAAAGGCUACUGCCGAAAGGUUGAAGACGAGCUUGCCAAAAUUUGCAGUGACAUUCUUGAGAUCAUAGAUAAGCAUCUCAUACCUUCUUCGGGUUCCGGAGAAGCUACUGUUUUCUACUACAAGAUGAAAGGCGACUACUAUCGGUACCUUGCUGAAUUCAAGACGGACCAGGAACGGAAGGAUGCUGCUGAACAGUCUUUGAAAGGCUAUGAGGCUGCAGCUGCUGCUGCGAACACAGAACUCCCUUCAACCCACCCAAUUCGUCUCGGCCUUGCUCUCAAUUUCUCAGUGUUCUACUACGAAAUUAUGAAUUCUCCCGAGAGGGCUUGCCAUUUGGCUAAACAAGCUUUUGAUGAGGCAAUUGCUGAUCUGGACUCGUUAAGUGAAGAAUCGUACAAGGACAGCACCUUGAUCAUGCAGCUCUUGAGAGAUAACCUCACUCUUUGGACCUCUGAUCUGCCUGAAGAUGGAGGUGAUGAAAACCAGCCCAAGGGUGAAGAACCCAAACCAGCUGAACCAGAGAAGAAGCAGUGACGGGUAGAGAUAAAUAGCAAGCCCAGCCCAGCCCACAAUCAGUUCAAAAGAAUUCAAGUACUUGGGCUUUGUUUUGGUCAAAAGGGGAUUAUUCAAUCAAUCUUUUUGGGCCAUUAAAAUAUCGACGAACUUGUCAAAAUUGCGGUCCUUUUUAUUUUAAUAUCUUUUUUGGGGUUUUCUUGUUCAUCUUACUACCUUCAUAAGAGCUUUGUUCCUUCAGUAUAGUUUCCAUAAAUGUUGUGAUUCAUUUUGUU